GUGUGUGUGUGUGUGAGUGAGUGAGGGAGAGAGUGUAUGAGGGAGAAAGAGAGAGAGGCGGCUGUGUUGCAGGAGUUGCAUUGCUGUGUAGUUUGCAGUGAUCCUUUCAUCAGGUCUCAGGAUCAGCUGCCAGUUGGCCAACCUGCGUCUGUCUCACUCGGUGUCUGUCUGAGUCUGAGGGAGGGAGUACAGAGAGCUGUAGUGGUUGGAUGUUCAUUUGGAGCUGGUUCCACACACUCGGCUUCACGGGAGGCAGGCUGUCGGGUCUGGAUGUGGUUGAUGCUGCUGUGCUGUACCUGGAGGGACGAUCGGAUGGGAGAGGAGGAGGGAGGAUGUUUUCCAUGCUGUGCAGGAUGUGGGCGCUCUAUCUAUGAUGGUCAGUAUCUCCAGGCCCUAAAUACAGACUGGCACAAUGCCUGCUUCAGAUGCUGUGAGUGUAACAUCUCGCUCUCUCACUGGUAUUAUGAGAAGGAAGGCCGGCUGUACUGUAAGAAGGAUUACUGGGCCAGAUUUGGGGAGCUGUGCCAUGGCUGCUGUGAGCGUAUCACCAAAGGGCUGAUCAUGGUCGCUGGAGAACACAAGUACCACCCCGAAUGCUUUGUGUGCCUGAAGUGUGGUGUAUUUAUUGGAGAUGGAGACACCUAUGCAUUGGUAGAACGCUCCAAACUCUACUGUGGUUGCUGCUAUUACCAGACGGUAGUUACGCCUGUAAUUGAACAAAUCCUCCCAGACUCUCCCUGCCCUCAGAUCCCACAUACUGUGACUUUGGUUUCAAUCCCAGCCUCCACGGAGGGAAAGCGAGGCUUCUCUGUGUCCAUCGAUCAGUCCUGCAGUCCCAGAAGUUCCUCUUCGGAGCAUGUGCACACCGUACGGGUCAAAGAAGUUGAUGCUGGUUGCAUCAGUCCAGAUGUGAAAAACUCCAUUCACGUUGGUGACAGGAUCCUGGAAAUCAACGGAACGCCAAUCAGGAAUGUGCCUCUGGAUGAGAUUGACCUCCUGAUUCAAGAAACCAGUCGCUUGCUCCAGUUAACCAUUGAACAUGAUCCCCACGACAUGUUGCUGGAGGACCAAGCAGAGACCAUCAGCCCGAUGUCUGAUAUUUACAGCCCACGGAAAUUAAGUGCCCCUAAUGGAGAAGGUAGCACGGUCAAAAAACGCCCCAUCAUGAGAAGCUGCAGUAUUGACAAGUCGCCAAGCACUGGAUCACCUGCCUCUCAAAAGAAAGAUUUGGGCCGCUCAGAGUCUCUGCGGAUUGCCUCAAAAAUGCAUCGUAUCUUCCGCCCUUCUGACCUGAUCCAUGGUGAAGUGCUGGGAAAAGGCUAUUUUGGACAGGCUAUUAAGGUGACACAUAGAGAGACAGGAGAGGUCAUGGCAAUGAAGGAACUGAUUCGCUUUGAUGAAGAAACCCAAAGGACUUUCCUGAAAGAGGUUAAGGUGAUGCGCUGUCUUGACCAUCCGAAUGUUCUGAGGUUCAUUGGUGUCCUUUAUAAAGAUAAGAGGCUGAACUUCAUUACAGAGUACAUCAAAGGAGGAACACUGAGGAGCAUCAUCAAAGAUUUAGACCGUCCAUUGCCAUGGAACCAUCGUGUGAGCUUUGCUAGGGACAUUGCUGAAGGGAUGUCCUAUCUGCAUUCCAUGAACAUUAUCCAUCGGGAUUUGAACUCUCACAACUGCCUAGUGCGUGAGAACAAUACUGUAGUGGUUGCUGAUUUUGGACUGUCUAGACUAAUGGUUGAUGAUAAAAAGCAGACAGACAAUCAGUCACCAGGAGACCUAUCCACCAUGAGAAAGCCGGACAGAAAGAAACGUUACACUGUGGUGGGAAAUCCUUACUGGAUGGCUCCAGAGAUGAUAAAUGGGAAAAGCUACGAUGAGAAAGUUGACAUCUUUUCCUUUGGGAUAAUGCUGUGUGAGCUGAUUGGUAGAGUAAACGCAGACCCAGAUUACCUGCCCAGGACAACAGAUUUCGGAUUGAAUGUCCCUGUUUUCUUGGAUCGAUACUGUCCAGAGGAAUGUCCUGCUGCCUUCUUCCCAAUUGCAGUCAUGUGCUGUGACUUGGAUCCAGAAAAGAGACCAUCCUUUAUGAAGCUGGAACAGUGGUUACUAGCGCUGAAAUUGCAUGUGGAGAUGCACCUUGCUCUCACCUCUGACCUUGAACAGAUCAAUCAUUCCUUCUUCCAGAAUCAUUCAAGAAGCAAAGAGAAACUUCUGGAAGCCAUGUGAGCUGGUCCAGCUGAACCAUUACCAUGUAAUCUACAAGCAUGCUGAUCUUCAGCUGACCACCUUCACAUAAUCUCCCAUUUCAUCAGCGUUCUGGGCACAAUCAAACCUGCAAGUACUCCAAUGUACUGUUUAUUAUUCUGCGGGUAGACCCUUCUGCUUUAACAUUUCACCAGACAAGUCUCAACUCAUGUAAAUAGCUGGUCACCUCCAGUAGGAUACAGGAAGGACAUGGCAGUAUCUAGGGUAUUGAUGUAAAUGGUAUGUCCACCAUGAUGCUCUGGUUAACUCAGUGCUCGUGCACCUUACACAUGAUUUGUAAAUAAGUGAAUGCCUGCAGUUAGUGGCAGGAUAAGAUUUCUGUCUGCUCAAACUCUGGAUACAGAAGAACCUUGCUUUGGUAAUGUACAAUGGGAAUUUGAUUGGUGCUGUCCAGCUCCUAGUAGGCCUGCACCCUCAGCAGAAAACUGCCUCCAACUUAGCAAGCUCACUAGUAGAGGCAGGACAGGAUGGUUGUAUGAUAAUUAGAAAGUUUCACCUUGUUCAGUUGUUUAGGGUCAGGAGAAUGGAGCAAUUUAAGCCCACACCUGGCAAAUUCUGCACCCGAGUUGAAGCUUCAUGAUAGACAGCAUAAACUGAAAUGUCGACUUUCCAUUCCAAGUGCUAACGUCCCUUAUCUCAAUGAGCACAAAGGUAGAAACUGGUUUGAUACAGCCAGCAGGAAAAGAAAUUUAUUUUAUGUAGUUCAUUCCAAUUUGAAUAUUUUGGUGAUGGGAGAAACCACUGAAAUUUCAGACAACAGUUGCACCCCAACACAUUGACAAGCUCCUUAAUCUGAGGGGGGAGGUUCAGGGCUGGGGUCUCUCAUUAACUUAUUUCAUCAGGGUUUGUAGUCAUGUGGCAUGUGUUGAAGAGCUGCUCAAUUAAGAUUUCAUUUCUUUCAAUGGAAUGAGAAAUCAGUUAUUAAAUUAAAGAAUUUCAGAAUGAGGAUGCUACUGUAGUUUCGGGAGCUGCCAGCAUGAAUUACUGUAUUUGAAUCAAAUGUUGUACAUCAUUCUUGAACAUUCACUCAGAUUGAGUCUCUUCUGAGCUCCCCAGCUUCAUCUAAAAUCUCCAUUUGCACACUGUUCGACAUCUCUAGCCUCAACAAAAACUUCUUCACUUUUUCUUAACAGAAAUAUAAGACUUUUAUCAUCUGAUACACAGGUGUGUCUGGGAGAACCAUGUUUGAACAAAGCAUUUACUUGGUGGCUCCCCAGUUAUCUUCAGGAGAGCUCCGUAAUAAUCUCUCCUUUUCCUCAUCAGUCUGUAACACACACUUACCAUUUUUGGUGUUGCCACAUUAAUGUUGCUCCAUGCUUGUUUUCCGAUUUUGGAAAUUUCAGUUCCAGUCCUUUUUUAUUAGUCUGGAGCAUCUUUGACAAUCUUAGUGUUAAAUUGUAAGAUUUCCAAGACCUCCAUUUUGAGUUGAUGGCUAGUUAACCAGUAAAUCUAGUUUCAUUCUGAAAUUCUCAUUCCUUCUUUCUCCCCCUACCUUUCACUGUAAGAUGACCAUGUUGUCCUCCUUUUUGUUUUACCCCAUUUUUCUUCUCCCUUUCUUUUUGAAGCAUUUUGUAACACUUUGUUAAAGGGUAACCCUUGGAAAUAUUUUAAAGUUGGAUUUAAAUGGACAUUAUAUAUGGAUCUAAAUCAAUUGGACCAUCCAGCAUGCAGUCACCGCUUUUCCUCUGGUCCCUAGGUUUGGGUUUCAAUCCUUCAAAAACAGGGAUGCAACAACUCAACUUCCAGUCCAUUGUUUCUUGGCAAAUGUUCAUCUGUUCUUGCUCGUUAUGUUACUCUGAACUCUAAUUGGUUGUGGACCUGAAUCUCUGCAGAGCCAAAUGCACAAACCUCAAACACAGACGACUGUAGUGUAAUCAUUGGAAAAUUCUUUAGGACCCCUCCACAAUUGAAAGCACUGGCUCCUGGGCCAGGCCUUGCUUUUCUGGGACAGGACCACAAUCUACAACAAAUUUAGUUCAUCAUGGCACUUGGAGUAGCAUGAGGCAUUUUGUUGACUGCGAACAAAUAACCUGUAAACAGGGAUGAACUCAACAGUGAAGUAAAUGAUUUCUGCCUCCAGUUUUAAAUCUGGUUUCAGGCCUAAAGGCCCUGCAGAAGAAUGUAGGAUAUUCUUCAAAUAUUUUUACAGAUGGUGACCUGAACUGCAACACAAGUGGUUGCCUAGUAUCAUCAUAUGUAGACAGUCAGCAUUUCCAAAGGGCAUCAUUCACAUUGCUUUCUCUUUUUUUAAUUCCUGUUUGUUAUUAUUUUUGCUCCGUCUUUUGCUUAAUUAUGCUUGUCAGACAGUUCAGGUAGCAUUUUCACUUUUCUACAUCAGAUUUACUUCUGUAGUAUUGCAGAUUGCAUUUAUUUGAGCUUCCAGGCCAAUUGGUUUCUGUCUCUCCCCUCCCUCUUCGUUUUGCCUCUUCUGUUUGUAUCCUGGUGUCUGCUUUACGUUAGUGAACAAAGAAUAAUCACUGUUUCUGGGUAUCAAACACAUUCACUCAUCAUUGUGGGCACAAAACUGCAAGUUACUUUACCUAGCUCCUGAAAUGUAAUGUCAGAUGCUGUUCCACUUUUUGAACUUGGGUGUUCAUCAACCCAAGAAUGAGGAGUUGAGUAUCUCUUGUUUGCAAUAGCAGAAAAGUUUCUGCAACUACGGUCUUAUUCUGACAGCACAAAACUGACCCUAAUAAUGAUUCCACUCUGACCAGUACAGGAACUGGAAAAAUUGUGUAAUAAUUCAACAAAGCAAGAAUGUUCUGUUCCGAGAUUGGAAUGAGACACAAGGUAGAAGAUGUAUAUGGUGACCUUUACUUCGCAUCUGGCCUAUGCUAUAGCCAACAUGGUCAAUCAUGGACUAUUACUGGGGAGUGGAAGGGGAGGGGCUGCAAGCUUUACUCUGCAUCAUGACUAUCCUGUACCUGACAUGUAAGCUGACAUUUGGUAGCCAGUGUUCCAUUCCAAGCACUAAUAGCCUCUCACUAUUCCACAAUACACCGAAGAUUCAGCGAGAUUGAGUCUUACUGAAAAUUCCAGUCUGUUUGAUUCUUCAGCUAAUGAAAUGAUUGCAGCAUUGACUUUUCCUCCUACUUUGUUUACUAGUAGCUGAGGACCUGAGUAUUAGUCAUCAGUAGAAAAAAUUUGGAAACUGCCCUUUUAUAUCAGACAUGUUCUGUAAUGUUAGAAUUAAUAAGCAGUUUAAUCAUAGUCCUUUCUUCCUGCUACUCUUCACAACCCAACAGAGCAAUGAACUUCGAGUAUGACCAUUCCAAUUGCAUCAACAUAAGGCUAUUACUAAACAUAAGACAGACUUUCAGAUGCUUGUGGGCUUAAUGCCAAUCUACGGUGAUGAAUUGAAUUGAAUUUGAAUUGCCAACUAUCUGUUGACUUUAGAAGGAUUUGCAGCUUGUAUAAAUUAAAAUGACUGCUUCAGGAGUGAUUAGGGGUCAAGCCAUAACCAUAUUUGCUAUGUAGAGUGUACCGGAGAGUUGCCACUGAAAUUUUACAAAGCAUGAAAAGAUUGACAUCUCUAGUCCUUAUGCUGACCUGUGAUCUGUUAGCUGAUUUUUUAGAAAAUUGGCAUUGCAUAUUCAUGUACUGCUGUCUUGAUGAAGAGCUGUUACGUCAAUAACUUACUUGAUUUAAAUUUUUCAAGUUCCUCAGGAUUCACAUCAUUAAAUAUUUCACAGUUCAGUGACAUGGGUGUACUGUGUGAAAGCUCUGGAACCUAUCAGUAUAGCGUCAGUUGCGUGACAAAUGUGGGGGCUCCUGUAAGGAAAACAUAACUGUUCCUCUGUUGCUUGGCCUUAAACAUUUUGCACUUAGCAACAGCCCUUGUAAUCAAGUGGCUGACUCUGUUUAUCGUUAUUGUAUCCAUGCAUCUGUCUUCACAGAGUUUGAAGACAAAUGUCACAGUAUAAACUGUGUAGAUGGCGAUAUCCAAAACAACUGCUCUAAAAAUAUUCACUAGUUUACAAAUGGUAGGUAAAAAUGCAUGAAACUGAAAUUGUUGACUUUGUAGAUGAGUAGCAGUAAGGAGCACUGGUUUUAUUUCUGACAUCCUGAUUUAAUCGUUUUAAUUUUAAUGGAGGCAGAGUUGCAAUCACUCAGAUAAGCUCAUUAUAGUUAUGGAUAAUGAACCAUUGGACCAGUUUCAUUUACUAGAUCUGUGCCUCUUUUUGGCUCAGAUCCAUUGGGCUGGGUAGUGCAUCAGUUUAGAAUAUUUCUUUUUGAAAGUCUUGUGUGACUAUCUGUUGAAAACCAGAGUCAGGUUUGGCUGUGACCAUCAAAUAAUUUGGCAGCAAUAUCUACCUGGAAUGGCAGACACUUGAGUGAACUAAAAGUUUGCCCGUGCCUGAGAAUCUGCAGCCUAGAAUGUCCUCAUGAGAAGGGGAAUAUUGAGGUAGAGACCGCUUAUGUACAUUUGUAAGCUGCAGUGCUUUGAAUUCAGUAUCCAGAUUGAUAGAGAACAGUACACUCUCUCAAAUCCUGUGCAGUUUAGUCCAAGCCCACUUGUCUUUUAUGUGCAGUUGGGUAAAUAACACACCGUAAUGCAAACUUAGAGUCUCCAGAGUUUUACAGUCAAUUCCCAUGGUUAGAAUGUAGUUUUGUUUUUGAAUGAAAACCAGAUAUUUUCGGUCAAAAUAAGUAAAAAGGGGAUGGAAAUGAAGGGUGUAUAUCAAUCUUCAGUUACUUCAGAAACUAAUAUACUUGAAUAUUGUACUUCUUCAAAUUAUUGAAACAUUGUAAAAGUGGACAAAUGUCUGGCACAGUCUGCCACACCGACCAGGAGACCAGUCCCUGAUCUAUGCUGAAUUACUGGUUGGAAAUUAUGACUUGGCCUCGAUGCUUUUGGCUUGAAAAUGGUGAAGAAUUUGAGCAGGACUCCUGCUCCUGAGUUCCAUUUGGCAUUUCCUGCUGCAAGGAGCUUGUGGUUGGAACAAGUUUGAACUCAGUUUCAGUGUCUUCCGUGAUUAAGUAGCCUGUUGGCAUUCAUUGCCUACAUUUGUCUGAAGAAUGACAGUUGGCAGAUGUUGGUGCCUUCAGCAGUCAAGGUGUAAACUUCGUUAACAGUAGUGGAAUGCUUUCUGCUAUUUGGUGCCAAUUUUGCCUUUAAACUUCAUGCAAUAAUAUUGUUCAGUGCUGUGCUCAAACAAAAGGCAUGAGUUAAUAAUACAGUAAUUAUGUGCAAAGUUUAUUCAUUGUAAACUCAUGACACCAAAGCCUCUGCUGUCAGGGUGUAGAGGACCAAGUGUGGCACUGAGAAACCCGCAGUGCAAGCUGAACAGACUCAACCCACUAAAUUAAUCUGUGCCUUGUUUAGCCAGAGCUCUCAAGGACCAGUGGUUGGUUUAUGUUGUUUACAAAGUCAAAACUUGCAUUUUCUAUCAUUAAUUUAUUGUUUCUGUGGAUUCAGUCAUAUAAUUCCAGUGUUUAAUUCCUAGUGUUUUAUUUUGAAACUGUGAACAUAGUGCACUUUACACAUAGGAGGGUGACUAUGACAGCAAAUCUGUGAAGUAUUGUAACAGGAAAAUGGAAUAAAACCAGCUUCAUCUCAAUGAGCAACUCUA